AUGGCUGAUGAAAAAGUUCUUCUUGAAGGUUACCUGAACUGCCAUGUUUGUUCAGAGACUUUCAGAGAUCCUGUGUCUCUGAGCUGCAACCACAGCUUCUGUUCAAGCUGCCUGCAGAAAUUCUGGAAACAAGCUGAAAACAAAAACUGUCCCAUUUGUAAAAGAAAAUCCUCAAAAGACAAUAUUUGGGUGAACUUUUCACUGAAGGAACUGGCUGACUCUUUUGCUGGGAGACAGAAAACUGGUUCACCUGAGACAGAAAAAGGAGAGAAGAAGGUGGAGGUGGUGUGUAGUAAACAUGGAGAAGAGACUAAACUGUUCUGUGAGGAUGAAGAGAGAGUUGUGUGUCCUGUCUGUGAGCUUUCUCUCCACCAGAGUCACAAGGUGGUUCCUGUAGAACAAGCAGUCAGUGACCUGAAGGACCAGCUGAGAUCUGACUUAGAGUCUCUGCAGGACAAGAGGGACAAACACAAACAAGUGGAGACAACAUACAAUGAAAUGAUUCAACACUCCAAGAAGCAGCUGUUGUCCACAGAGAGGCAGAUCAGAGCAGAGUUCAACAAGCUCCACCAGUUCCUGAAAGAGGAAGAGGAGUCCAGACUGGCAGCUCUGAGGGAGGAAGAGGAGCAGAAGGGGAAGACCAUCAGCAGAGAGAUGAAGAUGAUUCAGGAGCAGAUCUCCUCUCUGUCAGACAGUAUCUCUGCUGUUGAAGAAGACCUGCAGAAACACAAGGUGUCAUUCCUCAGCAGUUAUAAAGCCACUCAGACCAGAGCCAGAGUCCAGUGCUCACUGUCAGAUCCACAGCUGGUCUCAGGAGCGCUGAUAGAUGUGGCCAAACACCUGGGCAACCUGUCCUUCAGAGUCUGGGAGAAGAUGAAGGACAAGGUCCACUUCAGUCCUGUCAUUCUGGACCCAAACACUGGAAACCCCUGUCUCUAUCUGUCUGAUGAUCUGACCAGUGUGAGAAAUGGAGACACAAACCAGCAGCUUCCUGACAAUCCAGAGAGAAACACUAAUUAUGCCAAUGUUCUGGGCUCUGAGGGCUUCAGCUCAGGGAAACACAGCUGGGAGGUGGAGGUGGGAGACCAUCCUCACUGGGAUGUAGGUUUGGCUAAAGAGUCAGUUGACAGGAAGGGAGAGCGAUCUGCCUCACCAGAAUAUGGAGAGUGGAGUUUAUCACUUAAAAAUGGAAAAUACACUGAUGUUGUUGGUGAGACUGUCAGAGUGAAGAAGAGUCUCCAGAGGAUCAGAGUCCAGCUGGACUAUGACAGGGGGGAGGUGUCCUUCUACGACCCUGAAGACAUGACUCACAUCUACACUCACAGAGACACUUUCACUGAGAAACUCUUCCCAUAUUUCAGUAUUGGAAAGGCUGGUGAUGCUAAAACUGCUGAUAUCAAAAUCUGUCCAACUGAUAUUUCUCUGUGAUGUUCAGGGAGGGUGGUGAGGUCUCAGUGAUUUAUCAGGAUUAUUAUAAUGGGGGUGUUUUUUUGUUUGUUAGUUACAGACAUUUCCAGUUAGUUCUUCAAUUUGAUAGUACAUGAAGAAAAGAUAGAGAUCCAGGUUAAAGAAACAUAAGAUUUGAGCAAAUAACAUGAUGUGUUUAUGAUGUAAAUAUGCUGCAAGAACUGGGACAAGGAGAUUUUAAUGGGAUCUUUUUUUUUCAUGUUAAUCUACAGAUUUGUUUUUAAUUUCAAAGAUAAACAACAACCUUAAGUUUGCUUUUUUUAAUUAAUUUAAAUAGUAUUUAAUUUUAGCAUCUUACCUUGUUUAUUUCUUACAUUUUAGAAUUAUUUUUCAUGUUUCAAUUUUCAAAUCCUUUUCUUAAGUAAAUCAUUUUCUUUUCUGUAUGAAAUCAUUCAGAUUUAUAAAUAGUUCAUUUUAAUGAAAUAACAUCAUUUGACUGUUCAGAAUGAACCCAACAGUGAAUGUUUAUGUAAUAAUGAACCUGUUAUUCACCAUAUGUGACUGUUGACAUAUUUUAUAUUAUAUAAGUUUUAUCCAUAUGAACAACAUUCAGUCU